CGCCUCUCAGUGUUUUUAUCUCAGUGUUUGUCGCUGGAGUCUCAGUUUGUCUUCUUCUGGAUAAAGACGCAGUUUCACCGUCACUUCAACAAACGGAGAAAAUCACUAUGAAGAUCCUGCUUUUACUGGUUCUGCUGGGAAUACACAGCGCGAGCGCACGAAUUCACUCUAUGAAGUAUUUCUACACUGGAUCAUCUGAAGUCCCAAACUUCCCACAGUUUGUGGUUGUUGGUUUGGUUGAUGAUGUUCAGAUUGUUCACUAUGACAGCAACACAAGGAGAGCAGAACCCAAACAGGACUGGAUGAGGAAGAUCACAGAUCCACAGUACUGGAAGAGUCAGACUGACAGCCUUUUUGGUACACAGCAGACCUUCAAAGCCGACAUUGAAAUUUUAAAGCAGCACUUCAACCAAACUGGAGGUGUCCACAUUUACCAGUUAAUGUAUGGCUGUGACUGGGAUGAUGAGACUGGAGAAGUUAACGGUUAUCGACAGUUUGGUUAUAAUGGAGAAGACUUCCUAGUAUUGGACCUGACGACAGAGACAUGGAUCGCUCCAUCAUCACAGGCUUUCAUCACCAAAAACAAAUGGGAUGCUGAUAAAGCUCGACUUGCUUAUCUUAAAAACUACUUCACCCAGUUGUGUCCUGAGUGGUUGAAGAAGUACGUGGAGUAUGGGAAGAGCUCUCUGCAGAGAACAGAGCUUCCCUCAGUGUCUCUCCUCCAGAAGUCUCCGUCCUCUCCAGUGACCUGCCACGCUACAGGUUUCUACCCAAACAAAGCCAUGUUGUUCUGGAGGAAAGACGGGGAGGAGCUUCAUGAGGACGUGGACCACGGAGAGACUCUGCCCAACCAUGACGGAACCUUCCAGAUGAGCACUGACCUGCGAGUGUCAUCAAUCCCACCUGAGGACUGGAGGAAGUAUGACUGCGUGUUCCAGCUCUCUGGUGUGGAAGACGUUGUCAAAGUACUGGACAAAGACGCCGUCCAAUCCAACAGAGAGAAGCCCAUGGACACGACCAUCAUCAUCAUCGUUGCAGUGGUUGUUCUUGUCGUCAUCAUCUUCGCUGCCGCUGCUUUCCUCUUGUACAGAAGAUUCAGUGCCAAAUCCGCCCCAUCUCCUGCGAGCAGCACUGAGGUGCAGCAGCUGAACACUGAGAGAGAAUAAAUGACAAAUACAUCACCGUUCCUUUGUUCACGGAAUCAUUUCAUCCACUGGAACAAGGAGUGAUGUCACCAAAGGGAAAUAUUGAUUCUCAGUCUCAUCAGAAAUCACUGAUUACUGAUUGAUCAACAAACAAACAACACUUAUUCACAAAGUGGCAACAUUUGAAAACAUCAAUGACAAAUCUUCAUCAUUGUCAACACUUAUUUCAACUUAUUUCAACACAACUCUAAAUACACAUUGACUAUAUAGACUUUCUUUUCA